AUGGCUUCCGACAUUCCCUCCGUCGCCCUGCUCUACAAGCUUGGCAGCCUGAAGGCGCCCAAGAAGCCCCUGCGCCCCGCCAAUGAAUCAUACAACCGCAUCGUCGGCUCUAUCCGUGGCGACAUCACUCAGCUUUCCGUCGAUGCCAUCGUCAACGCCGCCAACGGUUCCCUACUUGGCGGCGGCGGUGUCGACGGCGCCAUUCACCGCGGCGCCGGCCCCCAGCUCUUAGCUGAAUGUCGCACCCUUGACGGCUGUGAUACGGGCAAGGCCAAGAUCACCGACGCUUACGAGCUGCCCUGCAAGAAGGUCAUCCAUACCGUCGGUCCGAUCUAUAACAUUGAGGGUCCAGCUGCGGCGGAGAAACACCUGCGAGGGUGCUACGAGUCGAGCCUGGCCCUGGCAGUGGAGAACGGUUGCCGCAGCAUCGCCUUCAGCUCCGUCAGUACCGGCGUCUACGGCUAUCCCAGCCAAGAAGCUGCGCAUACGGCUGUCGAGGUCACUCGAAGAUUCCUUGAGGGUCCCGAUGGAACUAAGCUGAGCAAAAUUAUCUUCUGUACCUUCGAGUUGAAGGACGUCCAUGCCUACGACAAGGCGCUCCCUAAAUACUUUCCUCCAGAGGAACCCAAUGCCAAAGUUAACACAGCAGAAGUGGAGGAAGCCAGGGAAGCCGAAGCAGUUGCCGCCGAGCUGCCUAGUGUUCCCAAGAGUGGACCUACAGGCCCUUAG